AUGUUAAAACGCUACAGAUCAGACAUUUUCAGCGAUUUAACGCAUAGCUUUUCAAGUGUGGAAGUUUCGGANACAAAGAUCACAGCUGAACGAAUUUAUAAUCCUGUUACUGAAUUUCUUUAUCCAUAUUUAUAUACAAUAAUAAUUCGUCAUGGACCUAAAUUUGAAUGGACAAUUGAAAAACGUUAUAAACAUUUUCAUGAUCUUCAUAAAUCUCUUGUUCGUUAUGUUGAAACUGAAACUGGACAUUCGAUGAGUAGUUUAAAUAAAAGUCAUAUAUCAGAAACAACGAAAAAUAAUGAUGAUCAACCAGCUUUUCCAACUCGAAAUGAUCGAAUUGCUUUUAUUGAUCAAUAUUCAAUCGAAAUUCGUUGUAAAUCUUUACAAGAUUAUUUAAACAAAGUUUUAAAACAUCCUAAACUUCGUGAACAUAUAGCUGUGAGAGAAUUUCUUGAAGUAAGUCCAUUGUCAUUUGUACAUGGUUUGGGAACAAGUGUGAAAGAAGGUGCAAUAGCGAAACGUUCGAAUGAUGAUUUUCGCGGUCGUUCAAUAUUUCUUCGAAUGCCAUUUAUGUGUGAUAAAUGCAAAUUUCAUCAUGGACAAAAAUGGUUCGUUUUAAAAGAUUCAUAUUUUGUUUAUAUGAAUCCUGAUUCUGCAUUGAUUGGUUUCCCAAUGCUUAUUGAUCGAGGAUUUACACUUCAACAAGGUUUUCGAAAAACAGGAACAAAUAAUGGAAUUCGAAUAAAAAAUUUACAACGUUCAAUGAUCAUUAAAUUUGAAAAAGAAGACGAAAGAGACUUUUGGUUCGAUGCUUUGAAUAAAGUAAAGAAUAAAUGUCUUCUCUUCGAACAACAUCCAUUCAAUUCAUUUGCACCGAAAAGACAACAACAAUUUGCUCAAUGGUUUAUCAAUGGACAAUCUUAUAUGGAAGCGGUUGCAAAAGGAAUUUUAGCAGCAAAAGAAGAAAUUUUUAUUACUGAUUGGUGGUUAUCACCAGAAAUUAUGUUAAUUCGACCAUAUGGUGAUGAUUCAAUGAGAUUAGAUAAUCUUCUUGGAAAACGAGCGGAAGAAGGAAUUCGUGUUUAUGUUAUGGUUUUCAAAGAUAUUGUUCAAGUUGUUGGUUUAAAUAGUUUACAUACAAAAGCAAAAUUAAUUUCAAAAAGUCCAAAUAAAAAAAAUAUUAAAGUUAUUCGUCAUCCUGAUCAUCGUGUUUUACCAGGAACUGAAUCUUCGUUUCUUUAUUCACAUCAUGAAAAAACUCUGAUUAUUGAUCAAAAAGUCGCGUUUAUUGGAGGAAUUGAUCUUUGUUGGGGAAGAUGGGACACGGAUUCUCAUAGAUUAAUCGAUUUAAGUGAUGAAAAUAUUACCGAAUUGAAACUUCCAAGUGAAAUUGAUGAACAACCAGAAAUUGAAGAGAAACAACAGGAAUCCGCUGUUGAUACAACUGAAAAAAUGGCUGAAAAUGCAACAAAUACAAAAAUCGAUGAUUCAACAACACCAUUAAUCAAAACAAAUGAAAAAGAAUCUUCAUUCAAAUCAAAUGGAACAAAUUCAGUGAAACCAAAAGUGACUGAUUUUAAAAGUGAAUUAAACAAAAAUGAACGGAAAAUCUUGGCUGAAGAAGAAGCUGCACAAGAAGGAGAAGUUCCACAUGAGAAAAAAUGGAAGAAAAUCUUCAAACGACAUCGAAAAGCGUACGAUGAUGAUUCAUCGAAUGAAGAAGAAGAAAUGGAAGAAGAAGAAAUACGAAAAAGUGAACCGGGAGAUGAAAAACCAAAAACAAUCGUUGGUGUAACACCAGUUGUGGAUGAUAAAUGUCGAUUUUUUCUUGGAAAAGAUUAUGCAAAUUCAUAA